AUGGCAUCUAACAACAAUCAGGGCCAUGUACCUGGUCAAGAUCCGUCCAUACAACGACCAAUCCCUCUACAAAAUCUAUCUAGAGAUGAAACCGACGAUUUUGAAAACAUCGAUGAGCGCCGAGGGAGAAGGAGAAGCAGUGGCGCAAGGAGUGGACAUGGACCGAGACGAUCAUUACUCACAGGCGGAGGCUUCAAAACCUACGAGCGCGUCGCGGAAGAUUCACCAAGUCCCAAAGAUAGAGUUGGGUUACGGAUUACGCAGCCGUCGACAGCAAGAUUCAAAGAGAACAAUCCGUAUGCGCCUGACGAUCAUGACUUUGUCGAAGACCCAGGUGGUUUCGCCGAGGCCAUGGGUUCGAUAGGUUUUGGCUUUCGUUCGUCGUCACCGCGGCGUCCGGAUAGCGAAGAAUUUAUGAUGAGUUCGUUUUCAGGGCCGUCUGGACACGGUGGAAGGGUCAAUCCCGAUGAUUACUUUUCUUCUCCGACAGUACCGAUCGAUGACACGGCUCCGUUGACGGAUAAGAAAUAUCUGCAACCCAUCAGCGGUGCAACUGCCGAAGAGCCCGAGGGCCGCGCGAGUAUGCAAAGUAUCAGACUCGGAAAUAGUUACAGUAGCUCCCGCUUGGGUGAUGAUCUGGAAACGGGAGCCGGGGGGAAGAGACGGGGCAGUAGCAGUCCAGGUGGCAGCCCGUCACGUUCGCGCUCUCUAUCACCAUCUGUUUCCGGCUCCGCUUUGCACAGGGCCGGUACCGUGAUGCAGAUGAUGUCACAGCGUGUGGUCAAUCUAAGUAAUGAGCCUGUUGAGCAGGCGAUUUUACGCAGAGAAUCCAUGAAGAAACCGAGACAGGAUGAACCCAGCUCACCCGGACAACAAGACUCUACCGGCAUUCCUCACCGAACAGAGAGUAUGUCCGAGAAAGGGAGCACUCAAACGACCUGGAGAACACAUGUCAAUCCAUUCAAAGGAAAAUCUCUCGGUAUAUUCAGCCCAGACAAUCCAUUGAGAACAUGGCUAUGCGAUAUCUUAGUAUAUCCAGCUACGGAACCCUUUAUACUGCUGGUCAUUGUGGUUCAUGCUGUACUGCUUACUGUCCAAUCCGCUCAUUCAGUGUGGACUCACCCAAGGUCUGAACGAUGGGGUUCGCAGCCGAUAGAUUAUGCAUUGUUUGUCAUCUUUGUCAUAUACACGAUCGAGUUGUCCGUGAGAAUUAUAGUCUCCGGUUUUAUCUGGAACGCGGCGGAGUACAGUACUCUGGACAGGUCCCUCGGUAUCAAAAAAGCAAUUUCCGAACGAGGAAAAAGCCUAUUAUCUCUCCAACGGGGACCUUCAACGAAGAAAAAGUCUGUCACUUUCGAGGACAGCCAGCCCUCUUAUUUACGCAAAACUUUCACUGGGCUACAGCCAUUUACCGAUACCUCAGAUGAUCCUCGCCAUGGAUCACGUAAACGACUUGCCUACAGAGCGUUUCUCAGGCACUCUUUCAACCGAUUAGAUUUUCUAGCCGUUAUUUCAUAUUGGAUCUCGUUUGGCCUACAGAUCACGGGCUACUCUAGCAAACAUGAUAUUUAUAUUUUUCAGAUGCUCAGCUGUCUACGUUUACUUCGACUACUUGGCAUCACUGAUGGAACUUCGGUCAUUCUGCGGAGUUUGAAGAAAGCGGCGCCAUUGCUUGUACAUGUCGCUUUCCUCAUUGGUUUCUUCUGGUUGCUCUUCGCCAUUGUGGGCAUUCAAAGCUUCAAGUCCAGCUUCCGCAGAUCAUGCGUUUGGAUCGAUCCUGCGGGUCAGAAUAACUUUACCAUGAAUGACCCUUAUAAUGUCAUACAGUUAUGCGGAGGGUAUCUUGAUAGCGUUACAGGUGAGGCGAAACCUUGGGUUUACGCAAACAACGAGCCUUCGCUGUUCAGUCCAAAAGGUUAUCUUUGCCCUCAGGGAUCUAUGUGUAUUGAAGGAAGCAACCCAUACAACGGAACAAUGAGUUUCGACAAUAUUUUCAACUCUCUUGAACUCGUCUUCGUGAUUAUGAGCUCCAAUACGUUCACCGAUCUUCUUUAUUAUACCACAGACUCAGAUUAUCUUGCUUCGGCCUUAUUCUUUGCUAUUGGGUUUGUACUCUUGAGUUUGUGGAUGGUCAACUUGCUGGUCGCAGUUAUUACAUCCUCAUUUCAAGUCAUUCGAGAAGAGAGCAAGCAAAGCGCUUUCGCCAUGGAGAAACUAGAGGAACCUGAGAUUGAUGAGUUGGGACAUUACAAGGUCAAUCACCUAAAAGUCCUUUAUGAAAAGACCAGGUGGUUGUGGAUAGUCUUAAUUGCAUACGAUUUGAUUGUUCAGUGUCUGCGAAGUGCGUCCAUGAGUCACAGGACCGAAAGAUUUAUCAGCGUUACCGAAACAGCUGUUACCUUCGCCCUCUUGUUGGAGAUCAUUUUACGAUUUGCGUCUGACUGGAGACACUUUCAUCAUAGCAAGCGCAACAUUAUGGACCUUGCUCUAGCCGUGAUCACAUGUAUCAUACAGAUUCCACCCAUUCAUUCCUCAGGUCGGGCAUAUUCAGCCCUUACGCUCUUCCAGAUCUUACGUGUGUACCGCAUCGUUCUUGCUUUUUCAGUAACGAGAGACCUCAUCAUGGUGGUGUUCCGCAACGUUGUGGGUUUGCUUAAUCUGAUCCUCUUCGUGUUCUUGAUGACAUAUCUUGCAGCCAUAUUUGCAGUGCAAUUAUUUCGCGGUGUUUUCCCUGCCGUCAACGACAGCGGGAAUACGAUUGAUAUGUCAUUUUUCACUAUCUACAAUUCAUUUCUCGCCAUGUACCAGAUCCUGUCCAGCGAGAAUUGGACUACAAUUCUGUACGGCUCAACUACAUACACCAAGGCUUAUGGCACCUCCUGGAUCUCGGCAUCAUUUAUCGUCAUGUGGUUCAUUCUGUCGUGUUUCAUUAUCUUGAACAUGUUUAUUGCUGUCAUUCAAGAGAGCUUUGACGUCUCCGAAGACCAGAAACGCCUGCAUCAAGUGAAGGCUUUCUUGCAACAAAAGGAGCUCGGAUCCUCCUCAGCCAGUAAUCUUGCUCUUACAUCCAUAUUCAAAUUUGGCCGCAAUAACGCUAGGUACCGUGAGCCCUUGGAUUAUGGUCCAGCUACUAUGGAGAUGCUUCUUAAAGAUGCUGUGGUUCAGGAAUUCCUUGACGAGCACUUUGAUACAUAUGACGCUCAGACGCCACAUCAGUCAUCCGUGGACAAAGAUUCCGUUCAGCCAGGCUUGCUUUCUAUAAUCUGGACUAAGAUUUCUAAGGUAUUCCUGAACAAGGAGCCUAAUCCCUUCUACUCCAAGUUGAAGUUCUCAAAAGCGUACGAUGAACUUGAUCCUCGAACUCUUGCGAAAGAGGUUGUGAUGGCGUCCGAGCAACGCAAGGUCGCACAGAGGGAAUACCUCCAACGUUAUCCCUUAUACAACAAGUCUCUCUAUCUUUUUGGGCCUCAUAAUCCUAUUCGAAGAGCAUGUCAGCGCAUCGUUGGUCCAGGACGUGGCAAUCAUCGCUUCGAAGGCGUUGAACCUUAUAAGCCGCUAUGGUACACUUUCUCCGCAUUUAUUUAUGCUUGUAUCGUUGCAAUGGUGUUGCUGGCCUGUAUCACCACUCCGCUGUACCAGAGGGAUUACUUCUUGAGCCGACAGUAUACCCCUGACAAUUGGUUUGUGUGGACUGAUGCCGGGUUCGCAGCAGUCUUCACGGUGGAAGCUAUGAUCAAAGUCAUUGCUGAUGGGUUUUUCUGGACUCCGAAUGCCUACUUCCGAAGUUCCUGGGGUUUCCUCGACGGUAUUGUGCUGAUAACUCUCUGGAUCAACGUUUUUACUUCCUUGUUUACCACUGGAAGUGUGUCCAGAAUUGUUGGGGCUUUCAAAGCCUUAAGGGCGUUGAGACUUCUCAAUGUCAGCGAUAGUGCUAGGGAUACGUUCCACUCUGUUAUUAUUGUUGGUGGCUGGAAAGUUAUUUCUGCCGCUUUCGUUUCGUUGAGUUUCUUAAUUCCCUUUGCCAUCUAUGGCUUGAAUCUGUUCAAUGGCCAAAUGAUAUCAUGCAACGAUAAUAAUCUUUCUGGCAGUCUCGAUGGUUGUAUUGGGGAGUACCAAAGCUCACCGUUCAAUUGGAAUGUCUUGGCACCUAGGGUAGCCGACAAUUCGUACUACAGUUUCGACAAUUUUGGAGAAUCUCUAUUUAUUCUCUUCCAGAUCGUCUCACAGGAAGGAUGGAUCGAUGUGCAAUCGAGGGCCAUGAGUAUCACCGGAGUGGGCCAACAGCUUCAGAAUUUUGCCUCGCAAGCUAACGGUCUCUUUUUCGUCAUCUUCAACUUGCUCGGUGCAGUUUUCGUGUUGACAUUGUUUGUCACUGUCUUCAUGCGAAAUUACACAGAACAGACUGGAGUUGCCUUUUUGACAGCCGAGCAACGUUCGUGGCUUGAAUUGAGGAAGCUUCUAAGACAGAUAUCACCCUCAAAGAGGUCGAAUAAUGCUUUUGCUGAGAACUGGCGUAAGACAUGCUAUCGACUCGCAUCAAGGAAGAAUGGUAAAUGGGCGCACUUCAUCACGACUCUGCUUGUAUUCCAUCUAUUGCUUCUCACAUUGGAAUGGUAUCCGUAUCCUGCUAUGUGGGAUCUGAUCAGAGAUGUACUCUUCUUCAUCCUGACCCUCUUUUAUAUUGCGGAUAUUACCAUACGUAUCAUCGGACUCGGUUGGCCGCGCUUUAGGCGAAGCUCGUGGGAUCUUUACUCCCUUCUGUCCGUACCAGGAACCUUCCUAACCGUUAUUUUGGCGUUCAUAUUUCGCGACACCAGAGGCAUGAACGCUAUCCCGCAGCUCAACAAGUUGUUUAUUGUCUCUGUCACUCUCCUAAUCAUUCCUCGCAACAAUCAACUCGAUCAACUGUUCAAGACAGCUGCUGCUAGUUUGACGUCUAUCGUCAAUCUAUUAGCGACAUGGUUUGUCCUAUUUCUCGUAUUCGCCAUUGCUAUGACGCAGACCUUCGGACUUACAAAAUUCGGAGACAACGAAACGAACAAUCUCAAUUUCCGGGACGUUCCCAACGCACUCAUCUUCCUCUUCCGUACCAGUGCUGGCGAGGGCUGGAAUGAACUCAUGGAAGACUUUGCAAGCAUGAAGCCGCCAUACUGUACUUUAACAGAUGAGUUUCUUGACUCUGACUGUGGAAGCGAAGGAUGGGCCCGCGGUCUUUUCAUUGCAUGGAACGUUAUCAGCAUGUAUCUCUUCGUGUCUCUUUUUGUUUCUCUCAUUUUCGAGAGUUUCUCCUAUGUGUAUCAGCGAAGCAGUGGCCUUGGUCUCUAUACUAUUGACCGAGAUGAAAUUCGGCGUUUCAAGGAAGCUUGGGCUAAUUUUGACCCGGAUGGUACUGGGUUCAUCACCAAGGAGCAUUUCCCGAGGCUUCUAGGAGAACUUUCCGGUGUGUUUGAGAUGCGCAUCUACGAUGGUGAUUUCACUGUUGGCCGGAUACUCGAAAAGUGCCGAACUGGUCCUAAUCCCCGAGAUUCGCUGGUUUCAUUCAACCCUGGAGAAAGACCAGGCAGCAAUGAAGUCGAUAUUGCGAAGCUAGCUCGUAUAAUUAAUCGGAUCCCGGUCGAGGAAAUUCGUGCUCGCCGAAAACGACUAAAUAUUUUCUAUGAAGAAGUUUUGGUAUCGGCUGACCCGGAGCGUGGAGUCUCGUUUUCCGCGUGCCUAAUGAUUCUUGCUCACUAUAAGAUCAUUGUUGACAGUAAGAGUUUACGGCUUGAGGAGUUCCUUCGUCGUCGCACCAGGCUUCGACGGGUUGAAGAAGCUGUUCGACGAAACACUGUAAUGGGCUUCUUUGACACCCUGCACUGGGCUCGUCAAUUUCGCAAGCAUAUUGAGAGUCGCAAGUCUGCUCGACUUACAGCUGUGCCGCAGUUCUCGAUACCUGAAAUCUUUGUUGACGAUCAAGAACAUCAGGGAACCGAGGAUGAUCCUUUUAGUGACGAGCCGAGUCCCCAAAAGGAUUCAAGGAUGACGUUAUCGUCACCAACUUCUCUACCAAAAUCAUUGUCGCCCACCAGUUCUACUCGACCAUCUCUACAGAUCGAUACCAAUAUUACGGCAGAGGGAUCAUCCAGCGAAUGGUCGAGAAUUGGUGCCGCGCUAUCACCACGUCAAAAUGCACCAGACCUAAAUCUGGACUUCCCGGACGGUUCCCGCUCCUUGGGUGGGCAAUCAUCGGAAGGCGGUCAUUCGCGAGAUAACAGUGUCAUUGUACAGGAUAUGAUGCAAACUUUGGGUGAUUCGGCUUGGGGUGAAAGUAUUCGCAGAAGCUUUACACAGAGACGUUCGGGUUCUCACCAGUAAGGUCUGGUACGAUAUGGAGGCUAUAUCGUCUGUCAUAACAUACAUCGGAGUUGUUGUUGUCCAUGUGCUUUCUUUUCCCUUUUUUCAUUCUUAUUUCAUCCAUUCUACACAAUCUGUUUCUAUCUACACCUUGUUUCUUUUCUACUUUGAUCUCUUCUGCUCUAUGCAUACAUAGAUUGCGGCAUUGGCACGAUUCGCACGACAGGGCAUAGGCGAUGGCGUUUUGGAAUCUUCACCAUCAUUUUCUUUUUCUUGCUCCAUAUACCACGUUGUCCAGACUUGUCUUUCUUUCUUUCCUUUUCUCUGGUUUCAUGGCUUUUCAUACGAGACCAUGGAGCUAUCGUUGAAAGAUGCAUGUAUGAUUCGAAGAGUGUGACGGCGUUUAGAUUAUAGUCGUAUAGGAGGUUUAUAUCACUUCAAGAGUAUUAUAGCUUGGCUUGUGUCUAUCUAGGUAUCUAUAUACGCAGUGCAGCCACUGGCUCCUGUAUCGUGCCGG